AUGAUUAGAAAAUUGCUUCCAGUUGCAGAAAUCUAUUUCCUGUUGUUUGUUCCGGCAGUGAUCGCAGACCGACCUCCCCCAGUCAUUCGACAGGGUCCUGUGAAUCAGACUGUAGCAGUGGAUGGUACUUUAGUGCUCAGCUGUGUGGCCACAGGCAGUCCAGUGCCCACAAUUCUGUGGAGAAAGGAUGGAGUCCUUGUUUCAACCCAAGAUUCUCGAAUCAAACAGCUGGAGACCGGAGUACUACAGAUCCGAUAUGCUAAGCUGGGUGACACUGGUCGGUACACCUGCAUUGCAUCAACCCCCAGCGGUGAAGCAACAUGGAGUGCUUACAUUGAAGUCCAAGAAUUUGGAGUUCCAGUUCAGCCUCCAAGACCCACCGACCCAAAUUUAAUCCCUAGUGCCCCCUCAAAACCUGAAGUUACAGAUGUCAGCCGAAAUACAGUAACGUUGUCAUGGCAACCAAAUUUGAAUUCAGGUGCUACUCCAACAUCUUAUAUUAUAGAAGCCUUCAGCCAUGCAUCUGGCAGCAGCUGGCAGACCGUAGCAGAGAAUGUGAAAACAGAAACAUUUGCCAUUAAAGGACUCAAACCUAAUGCAAUUUACCUUUUCCUUGUGAGGGCAGCAAAUGCAUAUGGAAUUAGUGAUCCAAGCCAGAUAUCAGACCCAGUGAAAACACAAGAUGUUCCCCCAACAAGUCAGGGGGUGGAUCACAAGCAGGUUCAGCGAGAACUGGGAGAUGUCGUACUGCAUCUCCACAACCCCACCGUCCUUUCUUCCUCUGCGGUCGAAGUGCACUGGACAGUGGACCAACAGUCUCAGUAUAUUCAAGGAUACAAAAUUCUUUAUCGCCCAUUUGGAGCCAGCCAUGGUGAAUCGGAGUGGUUAGUUUUUGAAGUGAGGACUCCAACCAAAAAUAGCGUGGUUAUCCCUGAUCUCAAAAAAGGAGUCAACUAUGAAAUUAAGGCUCGUCCUUUUUUUAAUGAAUUUCAAGGAGCAGAUAGUGAAAUUAAAUUUGCCAAAACCCUAGAAGAAGCACCCAGUGCCCCACCCCAAAGUGUAACUGUAUCAAAGCAUGAUGGAAAUGGAACUGCAAUUCUUGUCAGUUGGCAGCCACCUCCUGAAGAUACUCAGAAUGGAAUGGUCCAAGAGUACAAGGUUUGGUGUCUGGGCAAUGAAACUCGAUACCAUAUAAACAAGACAGUAGAUGGUUCCACCUUUUCUGUGGUUAUUCCCUCACUGGUUCCUGGGAUCCGGUAUAGCGUAGAGGUGGCAGCCAGCACUGGGGCGGGAGCCGGGGUGAAGAGUGAGCCACAGUUCAUCCAGUUAGAUUCUCAUGGAAACCCCGUGUCACCUGAGGACCAAGUCAGCCUUGCUCAGCAGAUCUCAGACGUUGUGAAGCAGCCAGCGUUCAUCGCAGGAAUCGGGGCAGCCUGCUGGAUCAUCCUUAUGGUUUUUAGCAUCUGGCUCUACCGACACCGGAAGAAGAGAAAUGGGCUGACUAGUACUUAUGCGGGUAUCAGAAAAGUCCCGUCUUUUACCUUCACACCAACAGUAACUUAUCAGAGAGGAGGCGAAGCUGUGAGCAGUGGAGGGAGGCCAGGACUUCUCAACAUCAGUGAACCUGCCACGCAGCCAUGGCUGGCAGACACGUGGCCUAAUACUGGGAACAAUCACAAUGAGUGCUCCAUCAACUGUUGCACAGCAGGCAAUGGAAACAGCGACAGUAACCUGACCACGUAUAGUCGCCCAGCUGAUUGUAUAGCAAAUUAUAACAACCAACUGGAUAACAAACAAACAAAUCUGAUGCUCCCUGAGUCAACUGUUUAUGGUGAUGUGGACCUUAGUAACAAAAUCAAUGAGAUGAAAACCUUCAAUAGCCCAAAUCUGAAGGAUGGGCGUUUUGUCAAUCCAUCAGGGCAGCCCACCCCUUAUGCCACCACCCAGCUCAUCCAGUCAAACCUCAGCAACAACAUGAACAAUGGCAGUGGGGACUCCAGCGAGAAGCACUGGAAACCGUCCGGACAGCAGAAACAAGAAGUGGCACCAAUUCAGUAUAACAUCAUGGAGCAAAACAAACUGAACAAAGAUUAUCGUGCAAAUGACACAAUUCCUCCAACUAUCCCGUACAAUCAAUCAUAUGACCAGAAUACAGGAGGAUCCUACAAUAGUUCAGACCGGGGCAGUAGUACAUCUGGGAGUCAAGGGCACAAGAAAGGGGCACGGACACCCAAGGUACCAAAACAAGGUGGCAUGAACUGGGCAGACCUGCUUCCUCCUCCCCCGGUGCAUCCACCUCAGAGCGCUAGUGAAGAGUACAGUAUUUCUGUAGAUGAAAGCUAUGACCAAGAAAUGCCAUGUCCUGUGCCACCAGCCAGGAUGUAUUUGCAACAAGGUGAACUAGAAGAGGAGGAAGAUGAACGAGGCCCCACUCCUCCUGUGCGGGGAGCUGCUUCUUCUCCAGCUGCCGUGUCUUACAGCCAUCAGUCCACUGCCACUUUGACCCCCUCUCCACAGGAAGAACUCCAGCCCAUGUUACAGGAUUGUCCAGAGGAGAUCGGCCACAUGCAGCACCAACCCGACAGGAGACGGCAGCCGGUGAGCCCUCCUCCACCUCCACGGCCGAUUUCCCCACCCCAUACUUAUGGCUACAUUUCAGGACCUCUUGUCUCAGAUAUGGAUACAGAUGCGCCAGAAGAGGAAGAAGACGAAGCCGACAUGGAAGUAGCCAAGAUGCAGACCAGAAGGCUUUUGUUACGCGGGCUUGAGCAGACCCCUGCCUCCAGUGUUGGGGACCUGGAGAGCUCUGUCACUGGGUCCAUGAUCAAUGGCUGGGGCUCAGCCUCAGAGGAGGACAACAUUUCCAGCGGACGCUCCAGUGUUAGUUCUUCUGAUGGCUCCUUUUUCACCGAUGCCGAUUUUGCCCAGGCAGUGGCAGCAGCAGCAGAGUACGCUGGUCUGAAAGUGGCACGGCGCCAAAUGCAGGAUGCUGCUGGCCGCCGACAUUUUCAUGCAUCCCAGUGUCCUAGACCCACCAGUCCUGUUUCCACAGACAGCAACAUGAGUGCUGCGGUAGUACAGAAGGCCAGACCAGCCAAGAAACAAAAACACCAGCCAGGACAUCUGCGCAGAGAAGCCUACACAGAUGAUCUUCCACCUCCUCCUGUGCCACCUCCUGCUAUAAAGUCACCCACUGCCCAAUCCAAGGCACAGCUGGAGGUACGACCUGUAAUGGUGCCAAAACUCCCUUCCAUAGAAACGAGAACAGACAGAUCAUCAGAGAGAAAAGGAGGCAGUUACAAGGGGAGAGAAGUAUUGGAUGGAAGACAAGUUGCUGAAAUGCGACCAAAUCCAGGUGACCCCAGAGAAGCACAGGAACAGCAAAAUGAUGGGAAAGGACGAGGAAACAAGGCAGCAAAACGAGACCUUCCACCAGCAAAGACUCAUCUCAUCCAAGAGGAUAUUCUACCUUACUGUAGACCUACUUUUCCGACAUCAAAUAAUCCCAGAGAUCCUAGUUCUUCAAGCUCAAUGUCAUCAAGAGGAUCAGGAAGCAGACAAAGAGAACAAGCAAAUGUAGGUCGAAGAAAUAUUGCAGAAAUGCAAGUUCUUGGAGGAUAUGAAAGAGAAGAUAAUAAUGAAGAAUUAGAGGAAACUGAAAGCUGAAGACAACCAGAGAGGCUUGUGAGAUCUAAUGUGAAAGUUAUCACUCAAGAUGCCUCGUGUCUGAUGACAUAUGACGCCAGAUAAAAUGUUCAGUGCAAUCAGAGUGUACAAAUUGUCGUUUUUAUUCCUCUUACUGGAAUACCAUUUUUUUUAAAGUUUAUUGGGGUUUUAUUGUUGUUGUUUGAUCCCUAUCCUUACAAAGAACCUCCCUAUUCCCCUCACUGUUGGAACAAAUCAUUACACCUUGCUUCCAGCAAGGGAAGUAUUUGACUUCUUGCUUCAGUCAUCAGCCAGCAGGAGAGAACAAAACAGUUCUUUUGCAUUUUGCCCCUGAGAUGUGGCAUUGCACUGCUUAUAUACCAAGCCAAUUUACAGCAAAAUAUUGAUCAAAGAUACAAAGUUGACUAAUCAACCUCAUGUCAAGGGCUCUCAAGUUAUAAUCUUUCUAUAACCAACUGCUAAUGCAAACUAAAACAUAACUUCAUUUUAACAUGAUUUUAAAAUCAGUCUUUCAUACCACCCUCUGCUGGGAGAAAAAAAAAGUACGUAGCAAAUGCAGAACAACCACAAACAAUUUGAAUGGGGUAGAAACAUUGUAAAUAUAUACUCUUUGCAACCCCUGGUGGUACUUUACUUUGUCUUCAUUUCAAUCAUUGAAGUAUAUUCUUAUUGGAAAUGUACUUUUGGAUAAGUAGGGGUAAGCCAGUUGGAUAUCUGGUUGUCAAGUCAUUGUCAUAAGUCAGCCUAGCAAAAACCUUGUUCUAUUUUUCAAUCAAAAAGCAAUUAUAAAUGCAUAUUACAAACAAAUGGAUGUUUUUAAUGACCAAUUGAAUAAGGACAUCCCUAUCUUAACUGGCCUAAAUUUCUUCUGGUAGUGUCAGUUCAACUUUCAGAAGUGCCACUUAAGGAAGUUUGAUUUUUGUUUUUGUAAUGCACUGUUUUUAAUCUUUUUUUUUUUUUUUUUGGUUUUAAAAGCACAAUCACUAAACUUUAUUUGUAAACCAUUGUAACUAUUAACCUUUUUUGUCUUAUUGAAAGAAAAUGUUGAGAAGCGUUUUUAACCUGUUUUGUUAAUGCUCUAUGUUUGUAUUUGGAAUAUUUGAAUGAUGACAGAUGGUGAAGUAACGUGCAUACUUUAUUGUGGGCCAUGUACGCAAUGGUUCUUACUUUUCCCGGACUUAAAGAAAAAAAGGUUUAAGUUUGUUGUGGCCAAUGGUGAAACUUACAAGAUUUCCUUAUAAGCUCAAAUAGAGGCAUUACUUGCUUUGAAUUGCCAAAUGAUGCCCUCUGACUGUAGAUUUUUAUGAUCCUUUUUUUGUCAUUAUAUAAAUUUCAUUGACUUUAUAAUUGGUGCUAUUGAAGAAAAAAAAUGUACAUUUAUUCAGAUAUAGGUAUCAGGCCUGACCCCACUGGAAAACAAAGCCAAACAAAACUGAACCACAAAAAAAAAAAAAAAAGGUGGUGUUCACCAAAAACUAAAUGUGUUCAUUUAGAUAAUUUGAAAUUUACAUAGAAAAGGUGUGCAGUACUAAGGGAACAAUCCAUGUGAUUAAUGUUUUCAUUAUGUUCAUGUAAGAAGCCUCUUAUUUUUAGCCAUAAUUUUGCAUACUGAAAAUCCAAUAAUCAGAAAAGUAAUUUUGUCACAUUAUUUAUUAAAAAUGUUCUCAAAUACA